UCGGUUCUCGCCACAUUCACAUUCUUAAAAAGUUAUGGGAAAUAAUGGAAUAAAUUCAAAUAAAAUUUAAUAAAAAUUAUAAAAAAUACAAGAAUUUAAAAAUAACAAAACAACAAAAUGUGGAUAACCUAAAUCAGUACAGAAAUCUAAUUGAUUAAAGCAAACAAACAAGAAAUUUUCUUGAGUUGUAAAGUGGUUUUCGACAAACAAAAAAAAAAGGAGAAACAGAAUGCACACAUCCAAAAAAGGAAAAUUAAAAUAUUAAUAAAUGUCAAUAAAUUAUGCUGCUGUAGAGUCUUCUGUGUAAAUGAUUUCAGUGAGUGUGUUACUAGUAUGUUAGAUUGGUAUUUUGCAUGAAAUUUGGGCGAAAAUCCUUUUGUUUUAAACGUUUUGGAAAGAAGUGGAGGCAAAAAAUGGGUGUUGCUGCGAAAUACAACGACACAGCUAGAAACAAUUCUUUUACCACAAAAUAUAGGCAAGGCAGCAGCAGGCCAAGCAGCUAAGUGUUAUUGUAUUGUAUGUUGUGCUGUCAAAUAAGCAAAAGAAUAAUGAAUUUCGAAGUGUAGAAUAGUGUUGAGGAAAUUUGUGAAAAAAUAAUAUCGAUUACAGUACAAGAAAUGAAUACAUGCUAAAUGUAUUGUGAAGCAAAACAAAUCAACAUGAAACCAUAAAGAAGAAAAUACCAAUAGAAACCACACAGAAAAACCAAACCAACCAAACCCCAAGCUUAUAACUAACUCUCUAUUAUUGUUUCCUUUGUUGCAUUUUCCUAAUAAUUGUCAUCGAUUCUAAAGUUUGGCUCCUCGCCCGGCCCGUCCCUCAACAACAACCGUGUGUUAACCAGCUGUUUUAAAUUUUACGCGCGCCAUAAUUUGCCGUUUGACUUUACAACAGCAACAUCAACAAAAAUAACCAGAACGGGCCAACAAUAGCUAGCGGCGGCGGCAGUGGCCCUAUUACUGCUUUACAUUGAUAUUGGACACCCUACGGUGUAAAUCUGGCAGAGUGUGCCCUGGGCACAUUCUAUUUGGUAUUGUGAAAAAAUGCCGCCUGCACUUAUGAAUAUAGCCGAAUUUGUUGAGGAAACCCGAGAUGAUUACAAUUCACCAACAACAUCAACAUUUGCAUCCCGCAUGAUGCCGGCAUGUCGUCAAACCAUUGCAGUAUUGGAAGAGCGCCUGGAAUUUGACCGUGAAGGAUUAACAAAACUGAAAAAAGCAGUCAAGGCCAUACACAAUUCAGGAAAUACUCAUGUCGACAAUGAAAUGUUUCUGGUGAGGGCCCUUGAACGUCUCGGCGGCAAGGUAAUCGAUCAGGAUGAACCUGAUAUAGGAGCGGCAUUCCUUAAAUUCUCAGUGGUGACAAAAGAGUUGAGUGCAUUAAUGAAGACAUUGAUGCAAAAUAUCAACAAUAUUGUCAUGUUUCCGGUCGAUUCAAUGUUGAAAAGUGAGCUACGUGGUGUCAAGGGCGACAUGAAGAGGCCCUUCGACAAGGCUGCUAAAGACUACGAAGCGAAGUUCAUUAAAAUCGAAAAGGAGAAAAAGGCCCAGGCCAAAGAGGCGGGUAUGGUGCGAACAGAAAUCGAUGCUGCUGUUGUGGCCGAUGAAAUGGAAAAAGAACGUCGACUAUAUCAGUUACAGACCUGUGAAUAUUUAUUGAAAUAUAAGGAAAUCAAAACAAAAACUGGCAUCGAACUGCUGCAGCAUUUCAUCGAAUACUAUCAUGCUUUGAAUAACUAUUUCAAAGAUGGCCUCCAAACGAUCGAACAUUUCGGAACAUAUAUCAGUGAUUUAAGUGACAAAUUGCAUAAAAUUAAACAGCGCCAGGAUGAAGACCGUCGCAGCCUCUUAGAAUUGCGAACACUGCUGCGGAGCACACCCGAUUUUGAACGUGUGGAAAAUGUACCCACCGACAAGGGUGGAGGUGGAACGGGUUAUUCACUGCAUCAGCUGCAGGGUGAUAAACAUCAUGGUGUUACACGUUCCGGCCAUCUAUUGAAGAAAAGCGAAGGGAAAGUGCGAAGAGUUUGGCAAAAACGAAGAUGUCGGGUGACCAGUGAUGGAUUUCUUGACAUAUGUCAUGCCGAUGAAACCAAACCGCCGACAAGAGUAAAUUUGCUGACAUGUCAAAUCAAACCGGUACCGGAUGAUAAACGAGGCUUUGAUUUAAUCAGUUACAAUCGUCCAUAUCAUUUUCAGGCUGAAGAUGAAUCCGAUCAAAAAGCUUGGAUGGCUGUUUUGGUGAAUUGUAAAGAAAAAGCUUUAGCUAAAGCAUUCCAGCACGCAAAUCCCCAAAUGAGUCCAAGUUUGGUGGAAUUACAAAAGACUGUUAUCAGAUACGUCCAAUUAUUGCCAGGCAAUGAUCAAUGCUGUGACUGUGGCUCACGCAAUGAUGUCACCUGGAUAAGUCUGAAUUUUGGUAUUCUUGUUUGUAUUCAAUGCUCCGGUGUCCAUCGGGAUCUUGGCGUCCACCAUUCACGGAUACAAAGUCUGACAUUGGAUAAUCUAACAACAGCCAAUUUAUUGAUAGCUCGUGCCAUGGGUAAUCAUGCUUUAAAUGAAAUAAUGGAAGCCACACUGGGCAAGGGCAAACUAACACCGGAUAGUACAAUGGAACAACGAUACGAUUUUAUACGUGCCAAAUAUGUGGCAAAACGAUAUGUGAUGCGUACAUGUGCCGAUGAGAAUGAUUUACGCUGUGAUCUUGAACAGGCCGUGGUUAAUGCCGAUAUGAGUCAACUGCUGCAAGUGUGGGCAGAGGGUGCAGAUCUCACAUGUUGCUUACCCUCGUGGGAUGAUGGUGUUACGGCACUACAUCUGGCUGUCCUUCGGGAAACUGGAUGUACGCUGCAUAUUGUUGAUUUCCUUAUACAGAAUAUGCCACCAAAAGGUUUAAAUAAAGUCACAAAUCCACCCAGUAUAUUGAAUGUGACGGGUAAAAAUACGGCGUUGCAUUUGUGUGCGGCACACGAUAAGCGUGAGUGUAUAAAGCUUCUGCUGCGCUCUGGGGCCGAUUAUGAGAUACGUAAUUCCCAGAAUAAAACCGCUUUGGACAUAGCCAAAGAAAUGGGCCAUAAUGUGUGUAAGGAAUUGAUUGAGUGUGCCAUGCGACGUGAGAAAAGUGCUUUCGAUCACAUCAAUACAGAUUGGAAUCUGCCAAACGAAGAUGGCUCAACAGAUUUUUCGGAUGAUGAUACGGUUAUCGAUGAGCGUAAGCGUUCACGUCCUCCCAGUUUUGCCGGCGGUGAUUCACCGGUAUUACGUUCACGUUCCUCAACUUGUGAUUCAAUACAAAGUAGUUCUAGUCCUAUUGCAAAUUGUCCCAGUCGACAAUUCACCCUGCCGAUGUAUCAACAAUCGGCAGGCACAUCUCCCAAACAGCAAAUGUCUUUGGGCCAAUAUUUGGGCAGUGCUGGUAACAUUAAUGCUGCAGUAGCUGCUGGAGUUGUUGGUAGUGGUAGCGGCGUCGGGGUUGGAGGUGGUGGUAGUAGUAGUGCCGUUGGCGGCGGUGGUUCAAGUCCCAGUUCAGCCUCAAGCCAAAGUGGCCGUCUGGCAAGAAGUAACAAUGAGUUCGGUGGAGGAGCUAGAAAAUCAACAUCCACAGCCAAUAUGAACUCGUUAAAGAAACGAGCUCCGGCACCGCCACCCGGUACAACAUCAUCAAAUUUUUAUGGUACAUUACCACAUCCGCCUAGGCAUUCACAAAAUUUCGAUACAAAUGACAUACGAACGCACAAUCAUAAAAAUCAAUCAAUGGAUCCAGCUUCAUAUGGUACCCUGCCGCUACUGCGUUCCGUCGACAGCAGUCCACGUAUUAUGGGUGGCGGCGGCCACAAUAGUUCAGCAUCACAUGGUGGUAGCUUUUAUGAGCGUAUUGAUAAGUUGGUUGUCUCACAGGAUCCAAAUGGUGGUCCCACAACAGCAGGACAUCACAUUAUGCCGGCCAUGACAACAUUUGGUCACAAACGUUCGCCCAGUGGAGAAUCAUUAAAUCGGAAUUUACACUUGGCCGGAGCCAAGCUUGUACUGCCGCCAGCUGGAGAAAUACCCACAUUAAAGCAUGUAGAUAAAUCGGCAUUGUCAAGACCAAAAAUACCACCACCAGGUCCACCUGCAGAACGUGAAAUAUCCAACGGCCAAUCAAAUGAAAGUAUCAGCUCAAUCGAUGAAGGACCCAUUGCGCCACCCCGAAAGCGCAAACAUAAUAAGUUAUUGAAAUUGUCUCAGCCCAGUGAAGAAACGCUUAUGAAUCAAUCAACCAAUUACACCGAAUAUGAGUCAUGGAACACUGAUAUGGAUUCCUCAGGCGGCGGCCUAGACCAUUCAGCCGAAUCAAAUUUAUCAUCGAGUGAUAACGAUCGUAUUAAUUCGUCGCCCGAUAAUCUCCUUAAGGGUCCAUGCAGUAGUAGUGGUGUUGGUGGAGGCGGUUGCGGUGGCCUUAGUAUUUGUGGCGGUAGUUCAAGUGGUUCCGGAGUUAGUGGCAGUGUACUGACAGCAACAACUGGAGGAAAUAAAUAUAACUAUGCUGGUCAUCGCCGUUGUCGUGCCUUAUACGAUUGCUCUGCCGACAAUGAUGAUGAAUUGGAAUUCAAGGAGGGCGAAGUCCUCAUUGUACUCAACGAACGAACAGAUGAUGAAAAUUGGAUGGAGGGUGUUAUCGAAGGUGAUCCAUCGCGUCGUGGCAUGUUUCCCGUAAGUUUCGUCCAUAUGUUACCCGAUUAAAAAACCAAACAUGAAACAUACAAAACAAAUGGGUAGUAUAGUAUUAAUUUGUAAUCAUAACAAACAAACAACAACAAAAAUACCAUUGAACUUUGUAAAUGUAGUAGAUGAUAUAAUAAUAAUUAAUCUUAAUAAUAAUGAUAUAUAGUAAAGGUAGAUUUAAAGAAAGAAAAAAAAAA